AUGACCGUCGAGCCAGCCUUCCAGAAACCGUCGAUUAUCAAAAAGCCGAUGAAGAAGGAGCGUGAACAUCGUCAUCGGGAACUUAAGCGAAACGAGGCACCAUCAUUCGCACCGAUGCGACGAAACAGUUUGCUACAAGCACUGGCCGUCGGCAGCCCUCAUAAUGUGCCACAUUUCAAAACGCUUCAGGAUAUUAUCCGGGCGAUAAAACAAGCUGGCCUCGAAUACUCUAACCUGAUUUUUGGUAUCGACUACACAAAGUCGAACUUCUAUCAAGGUGAACGAACAUUUGAUGGCCGCACGUUACAUCAUCUGGAAAGUGGUGAGAUGAAUCCGUACCAACAGGUUAUUGAAAUUGUCGGAAAGACGUUGUCAUCGUUUGAUGCCGAUGGUAUGAUUCCGGCAUACGGUUUCGGCGAUGAAGAGUUCACUGAUAAAGGCAUUUUCAACAUAGCUGAUCGAUAUAAUAUGGAUAAGGACUGCAAUGGAUUUGAAGAAGUUCUGAAAGUUUACAAUGAUGUGACUCCUAAGGUGGCUAUGAGUGGCCCAACAAACUUCGUUCCAUUGAUUGAACGUGCCGUGGAAAUAUGCAAAGAAAAGCAAUCUUAUCAUAUUCUCGUCAUUGUGGCUGAUGGUCAAGUGACAAAUGAGAAAAUUAACCAGAAAGCAAUCGCUGCUGCCUCGCACUACCCACUCAGCAUCAUUAUGGUGGGAGUGGGUGAUGGUCCAUGGAAUAUGAUGGGACGAUUCGACGAUAAUAUCCCAAAACGAUUAUUCGACAAUUUCCAUUUCGUUGAUUUCCACAAGGUGAUGUACAAUGCGCCAAAUGCUGAAGCAUCAUUUGCACUGAAUGCCCUAAUGGAAAUCCCUGACCAAUACAAAGCAAUAAAGGAGCUCGGGCUGUUGAAACACAGUCGAAGGGGUUAG